AUGAUCAUUCCAGCCUCGCGACCACUCCUGAAUUUCGAUGCUCACAGACAUCCCAAAGAGGGACUCCUUCACGUCCGAAACGGGGAGCAUGCGAGCAACUCGGAGUUCGGUACUGCAAUGCAGCCCCUCUCACAUCAUGGAGCUUUCCCCAUGAGCUCCUCUCUUCAUCACCGAACACCCAUCACAAAGCCCCAUAUGCAUCUCGAUUUGUAUUCAAGGCCAGCAAAGUUCUAUCACUAUCCCGCUAUCUCUCAAAAGCUGGGUGAUAGAUUCCCAUCUGCGAAACGCCAUCCUCCCACGUCUUCCCGCGUCUCAACAGCCUGGGGGUUUGGCCGUUACGGCGCAAAAUCUCCGGAAGCAACCCUCGACGGACAAGCCCUCGAUGCCGAGCGCUUGAUGAGGCCAGUCCUCAACACCGAAGAGAGCCUCAUCUUGGCAGGGCAUCACCACGAAAAGAUGAGGAUUGGCAUGGACAGAGACAAGCCCUCAAGCCCUUUCCAGACUGACAUCUCGGUGCUGCUUUCCUCUGGCCCCGUCAGCCCGUCCGUGGUGGGUCAAAGCGACACUCGAACCCUGCAGGAUACAGGGGGUUCUGAAUCCGAUUAUAGAUGCAAUUGCACCAUUCACUGCACGGCAGUAUUGCCCUCCUGCAGUUGGGUCACCCAUCAUUUCCUUGUACAGUUUGAUGAUCAGGGCACGCAGGACACCAGGCUGCAGUUGACGCAGUGGGGAACCAUUUUGCCGGCACUUCUGAUUAUCAUCUCUUCGGACGCCCAACCGAACUCGACAUGCUGCACAGCUCGCGGUCGAGAUGGGAGCGGCCAAUGA